AUGCCAUUAUUAACUGUCAAAUAUAAUCUGCUAUCGCGAGUGCAGAUAUUCGUCACUACUUUUUCGUUUUCCUGUGCAAACUAAUUUGUCUAUUUUGUGGAGUUCAAUACAAGGUAUCACACUAUUUGACAGCUAGAAUUAUUUAUUCACUUGGUUAGUAAUUAUCACUCUAAUCGGAAAAAUCAGAGUAGCGGAACCAUGGGAGGUUUGUUUAGCUACUUCCGCGGUCUGCUUGGGAACCGUGAAAUGCGUAUUCUGAUUCUCGGUUUGGAUGGAGCAGGCAAAACUACAAUUCUCUACCGAUUGCAAGUGGGAGAGGUCGUAACAACAAUACCUACGAUCGGUUUCAACGUUGAGCAGGUUACAUACAAAAACCUCAAAUUCCAGGUGUGGGAUUUGGGUGGCCAAACCAGCAUAAGGCCAUAUUGGCGGUGUUACUACAGCAAUACAGACGCUAUUAUCUACGUGGUAGAUUCAGCAGACAAGGAUAGGAUAGGAAUAUCGAAAGAUGAGCUCUUGUAUAUGUUAAGGGAGGAUGAACUGGCUGGUGCAAUUUUGGUGGUACUGGCGAACAAACAGGACAUGGAGGGAUGCAUGAGCGUAGCUGAGGUGCACCAAGCUCUUGGUCUGGAAGCACUGAAAAACCGAACGUUCCAAAUUUUCAAGACGUCUGCCACUAAAGGUGAAGGUUUAGAUCAAGCGAUGGACUGGUUAUCAAAUGCAUUGCAAUCGCGAAAAUAGUUCUACCGGAUGUCCGUUUACCUAACAAACAACAACCGCAGAAGCAGCGUUCAAGAACCAACAACCAAUGCAGCAGGGGAAUUUAUCAAUUGGACUAAUUUUUCGUGUUUGAUAGCGUAAGUGUUAGGAACAGUGAAAACCAGACAACCCGCAAUUGUCUGGUGUUGGAGGGAAAUGUGGUACGUCGUCCCUCCUGCAUUCAGUUCAAAUUGCAAAUGGACUUUGUUACAAGAACCGACAAAAUCCGUUUUGAGUAUUGUGUUUUUGAUUCAUUUUGCCGCACGUGGCCCGAUUAGCUUCUGCGGUAAAACCCGUAAGAAUGACUUGUCGCAUUAAUUUAAAUUAUCGUAAAUAUAAAAGUAAUAUAUACAAGUAUAA